UGGUGAAAUCAAGGCUAUGGCAUAAAAUGAUAAAAUUUUCUUUGUCUAAGAAUAUGAGAGCGCAAAAAGAUCCUGAAUUCGGUGAUUUCUUACUUAGAGUUGGAAAUGGAGAGGAAACCUCUGAUAUUGAGGGUAACAUUAUAAUUCCUGAAGAGAUGGUGGUGAAGUAUGACAAUGAAGAGGACUCCAUGGCACGUCUUAUUGAUUCAAUUUUCCCGAGCUUGAGUAGUAAUGCUGAAUCAUCUACUUACAUGACAACUCGAGCGAUAUUAGCAUCUAAAAAUGAGGAGGUUGAUAAAUUAAAUGAUAAGUUAAUUUCUAUGUUUCCGGGAGAAGCAAGAACAUUUCAAAGUUUCGAUGAAGAUAUCGAUGAUACAAAUAAUAACUAUGAAGAAGAUUUUCUCAAUUCUUUGACUCCAAAUGGCUUGCCUCCGCAUAAGUUGGUCUUGAAGAGAAAUUGUCCAAUAAUCCUCCUAAGGAAUUUGGACCCAUCAAAUGGACUGUGCAAUGGUACAAGAAUGGUGUGUAGGAAUUUCAAAUCCAAUGUCAUUGAUGCGGAAAUAGUCUUUGGCCAACACGUCGGCAAACAUGUUUUCAUUCCUAGAAUACCACUUCGCUAUGACAAUCAACAAAGCACAGGGCCAAACAAUUCCUAAUAUAGGAGUCUAUUUGCCUCAACCAGUGUUCUCUCAUGGCCAACUUUAUGUAGCUCUAUCAAGAGGAACUUCAUCAUCGACAACAAAAGUUCUAAUCAAGCCGGAUACCAACAAUGUUCGAGAAAAAAGGGCGACAAAAAAUGUUGUUUACAAAGAAGUUCUAAAUGCAGGUAAAAUAAUUUUACCAUACAUAUAUAAUGUGUGUGUAUAUUUAUAAUGUAUGAAUAUUAUGAGAUAGUAACUAAUGGUAUUAUGUUUAUUAGGAGGCUUAUCAAGGAGGCUACAAAAUGAAGAAAAUGAGGUUAUUUAAAAUCUUCCAUCUUUUUUCUUGCAAUAGCCUCUACAAUGUCUAAUUCCCCAUGAAGAUACUUUAUCUUGUUUAAACUGUAUAUUUAAUAACUAUUAAUCCAAUUUAUCAUUCCUUAUUCUUUUUUUUUUCUGUUUGUCUGUAGAUCUCGAAUACCAAUUCGAUGAACCUUCUACGUGACUCAAAAUGGGUGGAUGAAUAGUGCGUCUUUCAAAAGGAUAAUAUAUAAAAGUAAUCUUUUCAUUUUUUUUUUACAAUUACAUCACUUCUAAUUCUAAUUGCAUUAUUUAUAUUGAUUCUCCGAUAGCUCCCUCAGAUCAUAAUAUGGAAUUGGUUCACCGACAGAGAGAACAGGAUCGUGAUUUUUUAUAAUCUAUUAGUACAAUAUUAGAAUUAACUAAAUGAUCGUAUUCGAAAAAACUUUAUUUAUGACACACUUUUCAAAUUUAAAAUAAAAAUUAUAUUUUAGUAUGUUAUUUUCAAUUUGUAUUAGUACAAAGUUCGUAUUUUAGUUUAUCAGUAUUAAUGCCUCGAUGUGUUCAUUUAUUGGAAUAUAAAAUUUAAAUACAACUUUUGACUUCAAUCUGUUGGUUAUUCGACAUGGAGUGCUGAAAUUAAAGAUUAUGUUCACCCGAUUAUUUAUUUUCAACGACAUUAUUUUGCAUGACAUGAUCCCCACUCAUUGAUCUAUAUAGUGGUUUCCUGAAGGAAUUUCAGACUACAUACUUAUUUAUAUUAUACAUUUCAAAGUCUGACACGCACAUUGGAUUGGGAUAAAUUUAUUUUGGAUUCGAGUUUAGCCAUUUGGACUUCAAACGACCGUUCUCCGAAUAGGGAAAUGUUCAACGUGUUCACGUGAAAUCUGGUAAUAGGUGAUUUCAUUUUUCAAUCCGGUUUUUGUAUAUAUCACUUGAAUUGUAGUUGUCGGAUUAUGUGUACUUUUAUUUUCUUAAAAUUGAGGAUGGUUCUUUAGUUUCUUCUAUGUUACACUUGAUUAAUCUUAAAUAUCCAUAGCUAUUAACAAACAACAAUAUUAUACAAUUUAUCCCAAAUUUGUAAUUACAAGGAGUGAUAUUUUCUUUUUAACUUGUGGAGGGAUACUCAACAACUUUACAUAAAAUCCCCUUCUAUAUCUUGUUUGUGUACAAAAUUUGCAUCUAUCUCACACCAAUCAACAAAUCUAUACAAACACAAUAAUACAAUACAUAACCAGAAAUGUCCCCAAAUUCUUCCACCAUUCUGCCACAACAUUGUGCUUUUUCAUUGUUCAUCAAUUUCAAUGGUGGUAUUGGUGAAGUUUCAAUAAAGGGUGACAUUGAAUAAAUAAAAUUUUAUUGUUUAUUAUUCUUGAUUGAUUUAAUGUUAACAGUCAUGUAUUUUGUAAUAUUCUUCAUUUAUUUAGUGUUAACAGUCAUGUUUUAAUUUUUGAAUAAAAAAUAAUUUAAUUCCGUAAUAUUCAUUUGAAGAAAAUAGGUUAAAUACGUUUUGCACCCUUGAUUUAUAGGCUAUGUAACGCUUAACCCUCUUUUUUUACUUUUUUUUUUGGCCAAACUCUUUUUAAUCCAUUAAAUACUAAUGACAGUAUAAAGUAAAAACAUUGUGGGCGUAACACAAGGAAAAUAGUACCCGUAAGAGAUCAAGAAUAAAAACGGACAAAAAUAACCCUAUUACAAUCUAUUACACAAAAACCCCAAAAGUGGGUAAGAAAAAAAAUAACUAAAAGAAUAUGCCUAUGCUGAUUAUUGUAACUCAAAUAUAAAAAAGGCCCCAUAUGGGGCUGGAAAUGCCAAUAUCUAAAAUAUCUCACCACCAACUUAAAUUAUUCAACUUUUGCCCUCUUCUCCUACGUUGAGAUUGAUCCAUAUUCAUCUUCAGCUUCUGCGACUGCAUUUCAAACAUUAUGGUCGAAAGUCCUAAUCCCAAGAACAUCACAUCGAUAUGCAAUCCAUACUGACCUAGGAAGGUCGUUUGCCAAAAAGAAUUCUUAAAGGUGUUAGUGAUUAUGUGCAGGGGCGGACCCAAGGUAUACCUUGGGGGGGCCUCCGCCCCUACAGAAUUUUGUUUUUACCUGUUUUUUAUUAAAUUUUUAAUAUUUUAUGUUA